UCGACACAUCACUUCGACGUUCACCACCCGCGAAACCAGCCGGUCUGCAUACAACUUCAGCAAUCCAAAGCCACUACCCAGGCGACUCUGCUGCCCUCGAGACAUCCCCACGCCCCACCUACCACUCUGCCAACUUCAUCACCUCAAACCCCCCGCCUGCUCACCUCGCGCCUCACCCCAUCUCCCACCACCACCAUGUCCGAACCCAUCCCCGAAUCAAUCCCCACCUCCGCCGACCCGCGCUCCAAGCGCCCCACCAAGAAACGCGCCCUCACACCCCUCUCCCAGCAAUCCAGCCACAUCGAAGCGCUCUUCGCCAAGCCAGACCGCGAGAUCAAGAUCCCCUCCGCCCACCCCAAGCAUCUCAACGGGCUGGCCGCGCCGCCCGAGAUCGUCGCGAAUGUGCAGGGCAGCAGCGCGGGCGCGGGGAGCGGCGAGUUCCACGUGUACAAGGCGAGCCGGCGGCGGGAGUACGAGCGGUUGCGGUUGAUGGAUGAGGAGGUGAAGAGGGAGGAGGCGGAGACGGAGUUCCAGAGGCAGAAGGAGGAGGUGGAGCGGAGGGAUCGGGAGAAGACGGGGAAGAAUAAGGCGAGGAGGGAUAAGGCGCGGCAGAGGAAGGCGAAGAAGGCGAAGGGGGGAGUUGGGGAGGGUGAGGUGGAGGAGGGGCAGGAUGGGAAGGGGGAGAAGGGGAAGAGGCUGGGUCCUAAUUUGGCGGCGUUGAAGGCGAGGGGUGGUGAGGAUGAGAAGGAUGGGGAUGCGUUGAAUGAGGGUGGGGAGGUCAAGAAUGCGGAGGAGAUUGGAAUCGUAAUACAUGAUGAUGACUGAGACAUGAGGAUGUCCAGGGAGUCUUCUGGAGCACUUGCAUCUGGCUAAAGACCAUCAUGUCCUGGAAGCCUGAAGCUUCUUGAAGGUAUGCGCCGUCUACACUCAAGCGCUGAUACAGCCUUCAGCAUGUGGUCUCACCAUCAAUGACCACUUCAUUCAGUUUGAGACUAAUUCCAGUUGGAAUGAUGAGUUCAAAGCCACUUGGCUGUUUUCUGUACAAUACCACAAUGUCUGUCUGUUAGUUGCGCAUUUCCCUUUGUCAAGCUCAUUGACAAAAGAUGAUAUCAAAACACCUCCAUACUUUCACCGUCAUAACCGUAGGAAACGUCGGCUUGUGAUACAGUGAGUCCCUUCGUUGAAUGAGUAGCUCAGCAGCAUGUGCGAGAAGCUGCUACUAG